GAAGCGGCGGGUUAUCCGGGAAAGACACGGCAAACUUUGCGCUCACCGGCCCCGGUGAGCUGUUUUGGCUGAAUUGGUUGUGCCCAUGAGGAAGGAAGCGUAAAACGUGCGCGGGGAGCCGGGCUGGCUGGGGCUGCCCCGUGCACACGUGUGUCUGCAAGACAAGGCUUGCUCCACUGUCUCCAUCGCUGCAGAGCUCGCUCCGGGCUGCCAGCGGGAGGACGGUGUUUGUCAACACGCUUGAAAUAUUAAGUGACAUGUCACCCCUCCUUCCAAACAUGGCUGCAAAGCCCCAUGCUGCUGCCGUGACAUUUAAGCACUUAUUUUUGUACGAGUGCCUUGGGAUGCCUGACCCGACAGAGCAGCAGCACCGCAAAUAGCAGCAGGUCCGCGCGCUGCCUCCGGGGAUGCCCCAGGGAGAGGAGCCGAUUUAGCAGGCAGCUCGUGCCGUGCUGCCGCGGAGGCAGAGACGCGGCGGUGGCGGCACAGGCUCUCGCGGAGGGGCUCCAGCAUGGAGGUGGCCCAGCAGUGGGGUGGAGGCACGCUGCCACCCGGCUCCCUGGCGCUCGAAGGCGUGGGAGCCAAGGAUUUCAAGACCCGCUUGGGGAUCCUGCUGCAUAAACCGGAGCUGGGACACAGGAUGGGGAGCUCCAGCAAGCUGCAGCUGGGCACCAAGCGGAGGGACUCCUCAAAAGACGUGCUCGAAUGGAGAGAAUCCUUCGACCAGCUCCUGAAGAGUAAAAAUGGGGUGACUGCCUUCCACACCUUCCUGAAGACAGAGUUCAGCGAGGAGAACCUAGACUUUUGGCUGGCUUGUGAGGACUUCAAAAAGACCCGGUCAAAAACGAAGCUAGCCUCCAAGGCCAACAGGAUCUUUGAGGAGUUUGUUCAAAGCGAGGCACCCAGAGAGGUGAACAUCGACCAUGAAACCAGGGAGAUCACCCGGAAGAACCUCUCGGGUGCCACCUCUGCUUGCUUCAACGAAGCUCAGGCAAAAACCCGCACCUUGAUGGAGAAGGACUCCUACCCCAGGUUCCUGAAGUCCGCCUCCUACCAGGACAUGACGAAGCAGACCAGCAGCCGCUGCAUCAGCAAGCGGUCGCAUACCUGACCCGAGCCAGCGCCCGUGGCAGGGGGACGAGCUAUGGGACAAGGCAGAAGCACUGCAGCAGAGGCUGGAGACUGAGAGACGGUUUGUGAGGCCUGAGGGCCACGUGGUGGCCUUUCGGCUGAAGUCCUGGGACUUUAUCAGGAUCCCCAGGACCCCAAACGCUUCCGCUUCCCAUCGAGUUGUUGCGAAGAGCGGUCCUCCCUCCCCACCACAAGCUUUCCCACUGCUGGGGUGGGGAACUGUGAAUCGAGGCUGUCGGAGGAGGGACCUGGGCAGAAAGCGCUCACCUGCCAGCGUGUGCCCAGUGCCUCCGCCUGCAGCACCAGCGUGCAACGGGAGACCUGCACACCGCGGAGAAAGAAAGAAAGAAAGACGUCGGACUUCAGUUGCAAGUCCGGGGAGAAGAGACUGGCUUCCCCCAAGCACUGAACUGCACGUGACAGGAAAGCUUCAGCCCGCUCUCAGGACCCUGCCUCUGGCCUGCACAAACAACCGUAAGCUGCAGAUCGUGCACAGGCAUCUGCCAUUCCCGCAGUGCCCAGAGCGACAGCCCAGACUUGCCUGCAGGGUUUUUCCUGUGAGGGAACUUGCAGAAUAGAAGCCCAAAGACUAUCUGGCGAUUUCAGCCAGCGGGACCCUGCACCUGUCCUGUCUUGAUCGUGAGAUUCUUAUUCUGCUGUUUUCUAUGCAUGCGCUGCAUCAAAGCUUUAUACCUUCUUCCAGUACAGCACGGGCAUAGCAUUGAUAUUUUUAUCCCUUUCUUAAGCUAUAUGACCUUUAAAUUGCAGCUAAUCUUAGGUCACAUGCAUAACUUUUUAUGACUAUUGUUAUUAUUUAUUGUUAUUAUUGUUACAAAAUAUAUAUUUAUAGAAGUACACUACUCAAAGCACACACGAGUCCCUUGCUCUGAGGAGCUUGUAAGUUAAAUUUACGUGUUGCAGCACUUAGCAUGCCUUCCACGUUUUCUAUAUACAAACCUAAGAGAGUUAAAUAGACAGACCUGUGAUAGGACCAUGGAGCAAAAGACAUGAAUCACAGUAGUGAGAGCUCUAGUCUGGCAGGGCUGCUGGUGGGGUCUAAGACAGAAGGUUUACCGUGAACUUGGAGGACUGUUGAUGGCAGUAAAAGGACACUUUGCCGUCCGUGUUGUUUCCUUUCUCCCCUUAAAUAGAGCUUUGUGGCUGGCAUCUUGGCACGUAGACUACCAGCUUGUCCUAGACAGAGAAUAUUGAUGAGAAACAUGCACUUUGGUGAGUGAUCCUAUUGAAAACUUUUUUUUAAAACAUGUUCUCCUUAAAUAUAGCUGUUUCCUCAAGCAGGCCUCCCGUACCAGGAAAGGAGUGCUGUAGGAUAGUAGUUCAAGGAAUGACACAGUUGGCUGUCCCUCCACAUCAGGCUCGUGGAAUUUAUAUUCUUCAUAAACGAUCUUAUGGAGAAAAUAGUUCCUUUUAAUGUGACGUGGGAGAGAAAACCUGGAGCUUUCCCCCGGUUUAAAACUGGGCCUGGUGUUCCCUCAGCUGGUGAAGCCAGUCUGCAGCCAUAGCACUUUAGAAGAAACGCGGUGAGCCAUCCAAAAGCGAGAGCUGUGCGCUGGGAAUUCAGUGGGAGGCGGGCAGAGCUUCUCUGUGGGGAUGGCAGACCAUUUCACAAACGGAGACCUGUGGUGCAAGCUCUUCAGAAACCCUGCUGGGCAGGUAUUUACGGCUCCCAGAGCUCCCCUAGCUGGUCCGGACUCUGGGGCUGCAGCUACACCAGAAAGCCGUAGAUCCAUUUUGCAGCAACGGUGCUAGCAGCUGUGUCGGUAACUAGUGCAGAGCUGUCUCGGGUUUUCGGUGCUGGGUCAGGGAGUACGUGCCACGAGCACGGUUCCCUAGUGAGACGACAGCCUUGUGCGGCCGCACAUGCCGCUGUUCAUCCGUAGACCAUCCCAAGACCAAACCUCGAGGUCCUCAUUCUGCUGUUCCUCGUUGCUUGCCAAGGGAGCCUUCUUUUGGCCCCCUCCCAGCAUUUGCCCGAGUCAGAGCCCAGGAUAACUCUGGCAUUUCAUGGCUGUUUGAGCAGAGCAAGGGAGAGUCUCAAGAACCAGCAUCGGGACACUGGUGGGAGUCCUCUUCUGCUUCCCCCAUCCCGAUUCUACCUCUGAGUCUCGGUGGGUUCCGGCUGCAUUUGCAGGGAGAUUUUAGCUGCUUUAUUAUUUAUUAUUUAUUUUUACAACUGGAACCACCUUCAUAGUGUUACUGAAGUGAACAACGCACAAUGGUCCGUUUUCGUCACUAACAUAAUGUCAUUAUUAUAAAAUGUAAAGAGAAAAAUACUGUGACGCCAUGGUUUUUUUUGGUUGAAGGCUUGUAAUUUAUUUUUACAUUCUACUUUUGGAUUACUGUAUUGCAAAGCAUAUAGUGUAAAGAAAGAUGCUUGUGUUGCAUGGUUUGCAGGGCAUUUACAGUUGCUUUAAAAGUUACAAUAUCAGAAACAGAAAAAGAAGGGGAAGACUUUUGUAAGAGGAAAAGUUCUUCAUGAUAUUUGGCUUAUUAAAGAGACAUGAACAGUUCACUGAAACAAUGAAAGCAGAAGUUAAGUUUUGAAUCUAUUAAUUGAUGUUUAGUACUGUUUAUAUUGCUUGCCAUUUUCUGAGCACUUUACAGGAUUACAGUGCACAACAUGUAUUUAAUUUCAGUAAGAUACCAUUGUCUGUUAUGCACAGGAGGAAUCGAGUUAGGGCUGCUGUUUGCAAAACCGAGUUUCCAAUUACCGUCACAAAUAAUAUUUGAUUUAGCAUCAGCUCUGCUGAUCAUCAGAUUCUUUUCUAAUGGGGAAAAUACCUGGCGUUAGGGGGGAUAUUAGAAAACAUUGUACCUCUAUUGCAGCAUUUGGUCUCCGUGAGGUCCAGAUGGUCUCCCGCAGUGUGCUUGCAGGAGGCUUUGGGAUCGCGGAGCAGCAGGGCCGGGGCGCGAGCCCUGGACACGGGCUGGGGAGCUGUGCCCGGAGGGGCUGCAGGACGUGCUGGAGCGGAGCACGGCUGACGUGCCCAAGCGCUGCUCGGAGACGCUGUACGGAGGGGAUGUGAAUGCGCUAAAUAAAGACCAAAUCAAACAUG